AUGCACAGACUGAGGAUCAAACGUUUGGUGAACGUCGCAAAAGCCGCGCCGUGGCGCGCUCGAUUCUCGGCGAAGGAUACGGCUCGGCGCGUUCGGAACGUGGGCGGCGGCGUGGCGCGAAGUGUCAUGAACACGGACGCGAAGGAGAACCGGAAGGUGGUCCCGCUUGACGCAAGGGUAUAUUUUUCUCUGUUUUUGGUCCCUUGUCUAACGGUCCCCUGUCUUGCAGCCAUCUACGUACCACUGUACCCCAAUCACGGACAUGAUGCUGCUCACUCCCGAUCUCCUCGUCUCUUCCGGAUACGAUGGCGUCAUCAAAAUUUGGAAAUAA